AUGUCGACGUCGACCAGACUCAUGGACGUCGCGUUCAAGGCGGUCACCGGCGCGCUCGUCGGCACCACGGUCGUCGCCGGGACGUGGUUCACCGUCACCGGCGUCUCCGCGGCGAUGCACUACGACAACCUCGCGAGGGAGGCGGCCGCGAGGAAGCUGGCGCAGGAGGAGGCCGCGCGCGCGGAGGCGGAGAGGCGGGCGAAGCGAAGGAGGUGGUGGUGA